GACCCCGAGGGGGCCGAGGUUCUGAGUGAGAUAAAGCUGAGGCAGCCACAGACAGAGACAGAGGGCGACCAGAGACGCACAGAAGGAGAGGUCGGGCACCAGAAGGGGACGGAGAGACUGCAGACAGCGGCAGGGACGGUGCAGGGCGGGCCAGCGAGUGGCCGGCUCCACCAUGGACUGUAGCUGCGUCUCCGACCUUCUCUUCACCCCGCCUGCCCUGCCGGCUCUCUGGACCCCCGGGUUUGCCUUCCCGGAUUGGGCCUACAAGCCGGAGUCGUCCCCUGGCUCGAGGCAGAUUCAGCUGUGGCACUUCAUCCUGGAGCUGCUGCAGAAGGAGGAGUACCAGGGCGUCAUCGCCUGGCAGGGGGACUACGGGGAGUUCGUCAUCAAGGACCCUGACGAGGUGGCCCGGCUCUGGGGCAUCCGCAAGUGCAAGCCCCACAUGAACUACGACAAGCUGAGCAGGGCCCUGCGCUACUACUACAACAAGCGGAUCCUCCACAAGACCAAAGGGAAGAGGUUCACCUACAAGUUCAACUUCAGCAAAGUCGUGCUUGUCAAUUACCCACUGUUGGACGUGGCGGCAGCCACCACGGGCUCCCCGCUGUUGCUGACCCCUGGCCCCUUUGCGGGUGCCCCCGGGCCAGACGCUCCUCCCCUCACCCCCGAGACCCUGCAGACCCUGUUCUCUGCCCCACGCCUGGGAGAGCCAGGGGCCCGGGCACCCCUGUUCACCCCUGAGACGGACAAACUGCGUCUGGACAGCCCUUUCCCAUUCCUGGGCUCAGGUGGUGCCACCGGCUAUUCCAAGCCCCCUGGUCUGCUGGGUCCUUACAGCCGCGCCUUCCCAGAGUACCCCUGGAACUUUAAUCCGUACCUCGCCGGCCCCUUCCCCAAGCUGCCGCCCUCUCUCUACCCCCCGCAUUUCUACCCCAACCCUCUGGCCGGCUCCCUGGGCCACCUGCCCUCCACGGGUGCAGGGGGAGGGCCCACAGCCGCGCCCCUACUGGCUGCCACGGGAGAGGGCCUGGGCCCUGAGCGCCCCUCGGGCCUGGCAGCGGCCCCCCGCCUGGCACUACCGGGGGCUGGGGGUCCAGAGGCUGCGCUAGGAGGGAAGGAGGACAGCGACUCGGAGCUGGAGAUCACGGAUGUCAGCGGCUGCAGCUCUGACAGUGAGGGCGAAGAGGGCCUCCCUCUGCCCCCCAAGGCCAAGGCCGGCAAAGGCGGGCUCAGCAGCUGAGCCUGUGUGGGGUGACAGAUUCUGCAGGGGUGGGGACCAGGGCCGCACUGCCCGUGCAGCCACUGCUGCUGCCUCGUCCGCCCUUGACGUCCCACCAGAGGCCAGGGACCAUCCCGUGGCCCCAUCCAGGGCCAGACACAUGGCUGCCCCAGUCUUCUUCCCCGACCCCAGACUGGGGGUCUCACUUCCUCCUAACAGGGGAGAUGGAACAUGAUGGCCUCCGGCCUCCUCCCCAGGCUCCAGUUUGAGGGGGUCCCCGCCUGGCCCCACUCCCAAAGUGCAAUAUGGCGCCCAGCCUCCCCUGCCCUCACCCCCACCCCCGUGCUGUGACCUGUGUUUGUGCGGCCGUGUGUCCCCUGUGCUGGCCCCAGUCCUCACGCCCUCUACACAGGCCCCCUGGGGACAGGGCGCUCAGAGCAAUAAUCCCGCCCCCAGCCCCCGCCCAGGAGGGCUCCCCUCCCCACGACCCCCAACAGCCACCUCCAGAGUUUACUACAAAAAUAAAAGAACGGAAAGGACUGUGGGUGACCAUGGGAGCUUGGGGGUGGGCGCUGGGAGGGGGUGUGCGGGUGCCUGGGAAAGAGCCGUCAAAACGCGGAAGGAAGAACAAGUGGAGAAAGGCGGAGGCACAGAGGCCGUGUGGCCGGCCGGCCCGGCGGCUGCAGCACCCUACCUUCACGACACAGGCCUCUCCUUAGAUAAUAUAUAUUAAAAAAUAAACC